AUGAGGAUACCGAAUCGUUCUCCCCCGAUCCUAAGGAUCGCCAACGGCUCCUUUUACCGGCGCCACCCCAACACGCACACCACGCACCCGAACCCGCCCCUCUUCACAGACCUGAACCUCGAGCUGUCCUCCGCCACCGCCGCCGACAAGAACAAGAACCACUGGUGCAUCGUCGGCCCCUCGCUCUCGGGCAAGACGACGCUGCUGCAGGUCCUCCGCGGCCAGCACCUCGCGAUCCCGCCCACGGCGCGGACGUACCCGUACCUCUCCACCGAGGUCGUCCCGCCACGCCUGCGAAGUGCCAAUAGGGCGAUACAAUAUGUCGGCUUCGACGGUGACGGCGGGUUGGGCGGCGGGCAUACUACCAGUGCGUACCUCGCCGCGCGGUACGAGUCGAGGAGGGAGAAUACGGAUUUCUCGCUGCGGGAUUACUUGGUCGGCAACACGGAGCUGAAUCCGCUCGAUACCUUACCGGGGGAGGAGAACCUGAUGCCGCCGGAGCUCGUGGAGAGGGUCGUGAAGGACCUGAGGCUGGAGCCGCUGCUGGAUCUCCCCGUCGCGUUCCUGAGUAACGGCCAAGGACGGCGCGCGCGCAUCGCGAGGGCGCUGUUGGCCACGCCGGAGGUGCUGCUGCUGGAUGAGCCGUUCAUGGGGCUCGAUCCCCCGACCGUGGCCGGGUUGAGUCCCGUGCUGGAGGGGAUCGCGGAGCGGGCGAGUCCGAGGCUGGUGUUGAGUGCGCGGCCGCAGGAUCCGCUGCCCGAGUGGAUUACGCAUUUGGUGUAUUUGCGUGGGGACUGUCAGGUUGGGUCGAUGGGGCCUAAGGAGGAGGUGUUGGAGGGGCUGAGGACGUAUGUGAGGGGCGUGUGGAAGGGUGGGUUGAAGGAGGAUGAGAGGUUGCCUGUGCAUUCGCUUGUGGAGAUGGGAAAGGUUUUGACUGCGAGGGGGGUGGAGGGGGAUGGGCUCUUCUCGGCUGGAGAGAAGGAUUCGCAUGCUGUUGAGUCUGCUUCUUCUGCUGCUGAGGCGUCAUCCUCGACUGCUGGGGAGACGGCUGUGGGUGAACCGCUGAUUGAGAUGGACGGGUGUCAGGUGCGGUACGGGAACAAGAUCGCGCUGGGCAACUGGUCUCAGGAGACGCCGUCCGGGCCCAAGGACGGGCUGAUGUGGACUGUCCGGCGAGGGGAGCGAUGGGGCGUCUUCGGGCCGAACGGGUCGGGCAAGACGACCGUCGUUUCUCUCUUGUGCUCCGAUCACCCGCAGACGUACUCCCUCCCCAUCAAGCUGUUUGGCCGCAGCAGGCUGCCCGAGCCCGGGUCUGGGCAGCGGCCUGUCACGUUCUGGGAUAUACAGUCACGGAUAGGGCACUCGAGUCCCGAGGUGCACCAGCACAUGCCCCGCGGCUUGACUGUUCGACAGGUGUUGGAGAAUGCCUGGGCGGAUACGUUCAAGGGUAUUCCUGUGUUGGAUGAUGAGGCACGGGGAAAGGUUGAGGCGACGUUGCGGUGGUUCACGCCGGAGUUGAACCCGGGAUAUCAAAAGGCUCCAUCGUCUUCUGUCACGGAUGACGGAGGUGACCUCUCUUGGUCGGAUAACUACCUCUUUGGCGGUCUCUCCUUCAGCGCCCAGCGCAUCGCGUUGCUCCUGCGCGCGGUGAUCAAGAAUGCCGACGUGGUGGUGCUCGACGAGGCAUUCAGCGGAAUGGACGAUGCUGUCAGAGACAAGUGUAUGCUCUUCCUCGCUAAAGGAGAAGAGAAGACGUAUAGCGGGGAGCGCAUCGUGGAUAGUGAGGUAGCCAAGGCAGGCCGAGUGCGGGUCAGGGGGUUGAGUGAGAGGCAAGCGUUGAUCUGCAUCAGUCACAUCAAGGAGGAAGUGCCGGAUUGUGUGCGAGAGUGGAUUUGUUUGCCCGAGGCCAACGAAGGGUUGCCGGCGCGGUUUGGGCGGUUUGACGGGCCUUUGAGGACGGAUGAGAAGCGGUGGAGGGCUCUUUGGGGUGUGUGA